GUGGGUGUGGAAAUAUUCCAAGGGGCCUUCCACACCUGAAAUUACGGUAGUACCAAAAGAGAUAGUUACAUGGCCUCCCGGGUUAGCACCGGAUCAAAAUUGCACCCCCAAAAAAUUUGUUGCAACUCAGGUAGCACACACCCACCGACAGAAAGCUUUUCAGGAUACACACAUGCACCAAAAUUUGCACAUAAUAUCACUGCCUGGUAUCAACUUAAAACUGAUCCAGGGAUCAUGAACACACUACAUGAGAAAAAUAACAAUGGGAUUGAUCCAAAAUUAUGCUAUUUUUUAGGAAAUUUGCAACCUUUUACAUAUAGGUGCACACACACUGAAACACACAAUACUACACACCUAAGGUUCACAGAAUCAAUUUACAACCUUACCUCACUUACACCAGACGAGCAAAAACCAAAAACCUUUGUGUGGACCAACCGAAAGGAAGGAACUUAUUGUGUGGGAAAAUGUGAAUUUAGCAUGGACGAUUUCACCAGCCCACAUAACUGUUCAUGGACUGUCCAUCAUUGUUUUAAUUUAACCACUUGUGGCUACACUAGGCCCAAACAAUGCCCAUCAUUGCACCCAAUUCCUCCUGGUGGACUGAUUAGAGGAAAUGUAAAUAAGACAUUACUACAUGAUGUAAAUUUAGUAAUGACGCAUGUAACUUACAAUAUUUCAAAUGUUCUCUCUGCUUACACAGAACACUGUAAUGAUGAUGAUGAAACCUAUGCAUGGCUACAGUCACGGAUCGAUGAUUUAAUCUCUGAUUACAAAGGCAGACUUGCGGUCCAAAUCGCACCUGCUCGAUCAAAACGAGACCUACUAGGCAAUAUAGCAGGUUUAUUUGGCUCAAUCAAUUCAGCAACUAACACAUACAAAAUAAACCAACAAUCUCAGUUCUCUACAUGGUUGGCAGACCAGAUGGCCACUGGGCUCCAACAUCUCACCAAUAGCAAUGAAAACAUCAUAAAAGCGGUAAGAUCCGAAGCGCAGGCGCUUCUUGAGAUCAGCCAUACAUUAUUCAAUCAGACCCGUACCAUCGAACGUGGCUUAGCCUGCAGAUCAUAUGCUCAAGAUUUAUUUUCUACUGCAAGGCAAGAAAUCCUAGAUCUUCGCCUUCACAAAACACCUAGACAUGUUUUAAGUGACUUGAUUGAAAUUCUAGAUCUACAUAGGUGGCUUUCAUCAGAAAAAAUGAAAAAUGUGAAAUAUUCUGAAUUAUUAUCAACUAUUAUGAUGUACACUGGAAAUGAAUGUAAUGGAUGCCUUGGAUUUUUUGUCACUUUUCCCUUAAUACACCCAGACCAAGUUUAUCCAAAUUCUACCACUAUUCGAUCAAUUGGCAUGGUAGUGAAAGACCAAGUAAUUAAAUGGGACCACCUUACAGGAUACAUGACCUUAAAGGGUAUUGAGACCUUGUUUACCAGUCGCACGUGUUGUCAUGAGACCCAUAACUAUGUUGUCUGUACAUGUAACACGUUACAGCCUUUUUCCUCCAAUGACAGCAAACUUGUAAAUGUUCAAUCAUUGCAUGGUCACUCUGAUGCUAUUCAGGUAUCUCACACACAGUGGUGUGUCGUCAGUGAGAUGAAUUCUUUCACAUAUGGAGGACUGACCUGUCCUGCUAACCACUCGUUUUGUUUAGAAGCAACUGAGGACUUCUCAAUGGGCCAGAUUAACAUCCUUGAGAUGCCACUGGAUGCAGAAAUUUCCCCAUGGUGGGAUGACACCUUCUAUGAACAAGGAACACAGGCCCUAGUUGACACGAUGGACUUGGUGCAAAGAAUCAUCACACAGACUGAAUAUCAUCUCUCACAAGCGCAGGUAGAGGCGAACCUGGCUCAAAAGACUGCAAACAUCCUGUCCAGCUCUUCUACCCGUUCAGCCCUGAGUGCUUACACGUGGUGGGACUGGAUACUUCGGGGGUGUGCCGUCGGCAGUGCCCUCAUCUUCACUUUCACACUGUUUCAAUGCUGUUAUUUCAGAUAUCUCAUCAGAGCUCUAAAGACAUCAACCAACAUGGCUAUGGUCCUCAGCCCAUUACAGGUACCAGCACUACAGAAAGUCUGACAGAAAGCAUCCAGCCAAAGUCAAACAGUUGUGUCCCCGCAGGAAUCUCUGAAUAGCCCACGGGGCCAAAGGGAGAUUUAACUGUAAGGUUAUUGAUGCCGUUUUGACUGGAUCAGAUAAAAAGAUCACAGCAAGGAACUUUUAUGAGAACCAACACCUAGAUCCUGUCUCGCAAGUCUAAAGCAACACACCCAACUGAGAGGGACAGACAAAUGGCCCACACCAUAUGCAUAAACAUUUCACUCCUUUUGCCCACUCCCUCCUAACAGGAAACACUGAAACUACCUUUCUUAUUCAGAGUUUAUAACAAUGCAAUAAUUGUGUGUCUCAUGUUUUACAAAAGGUCUCUGUGUGUCUGGUUAAAGGGGUCUCAUUCUCUUAACAAUAGAACAGGUAACCACAAACAUUAUAAACAGACUACUCCCAGGUUUUUCACACAAAUUACCUCCAGUAUGUAAAUACAGCCUCCCAUAGAAACCAAAGAAACCAAUCUUCAAAGGGUAAUAUGCUAAACCCCUGCAAUAAAUGCCAUUUGGCAAUUCUGGGGUCCUGCUGGAUAUAUAAGGGAAGGUGACAAAGAGCUCAGGGAAUCUGUAAACAGAUAUCCCGCAUAAUUGCUGUGCGUAGCUCUGAAUUAUCAGGUAACUUUUACAUUCUCUCAUCUCAAAAUUAUUGAAUGUUUAUUUGUGAUUGAUUAGUGUUUUUUAUAUUGUUUGAAUUGGACUUUGAAUUAUUACUUUGAUUACCUGAUUAAUAAAAUUGUUAUGUUUGAUUUUA